AAAUCAAGUUGACACACUCACACAAGUAAAUAACUAAACCCCAGGACAGAUAAACAAAACAAUUUUUUAAUUUCAGGAGAGAGAGAAGUAGAGCUAAGAAGAUGAGUGAAAGAGGUGGGAUGAUGGGGGUUGAGACGGUGAUAUAUAUGAGUGAUUAGAUGGUAUAGAUAUUUGUGAUGACAGAGAGAUGUUGAGGCCAAGUAUAUCCCUAGUUGCAAGUCAUGAUAUGAAUAUGAACCCUAAUUUUCCAAAUGACAGAGAGAUGUUGAGUGAAAGAGGUUUUGCAAGUCAUGAUAUGAGCAUGAGCCCUAAUUUUGCAAAUGAAGGAAGCUCGGACUCUGUUUCUGAUUUUCAUGCUGAACAAGUAAACAGAGAUACGAAUGAUGCUCCCCCUCUUGAUGAUGUUUGCCCAAUCUGCUUUGAUGUUUUUACUGUUCCUUGCAAGACUAAUUGUGGCCAUUGGUUUUGUGGUAGUUGCAUCAUGCAGUUCUGGCAUUACAAGGCCACGGUUAAGAGAUGCAAGUGUCCCAUUUGUUCUCGCCUGAUCAGUGUUUUGACACCAGAGGCGUGCUUAUUGGGUCGACAAGAGAAGGAAGUGGUUGAUGUCUUGAAAAAUGUACACAGGUACAAUUGCCUUUUUCAAGGUGGCUUUGGUGGACUUCUGCAGAAUGUACUUGCAAUUCCAUUUCUCAUCAAGAGGAUCUUCCAGGGACUGAUGGAUCCUGAUAGGUUCAGAAUUAACUACUAUACUGCACGCUUGUUUGGUUUGAUGUUGGGUGUGUUGUACAAUAUCAGCCCCUUUAACUUCAUUCCAACAGGAGGCUACGCUGCUCAUAGGGUUUUUGAGCUUUGUGCAAUACUUCUGGUGGUGGUCCUGUGUUUCAUAGGCCUUUGCUGUAGAGCAAUAUCUCGAAGACGCUGGCGGCGUUUAGUAGCUGCUCAUAAUUGGAAUGAUUUGUAGCUUAAAGUGUAUUUUUGUUGUCAUAGACAGAUCAGGCAUUCUGCAGCUGCUCGUAAUUGAACCAAAUUGCAAUUUGGCACUCUCCAAUAUUGUUAUCGGAAGAUCUGAUAGUUUUUGGAAUGACAAAAUGCGUAGCAGAGGUUACAUCUACUCUUCCCUUUCAAUUCUCGAUUACAUGGAAACCUGGUUAUAUAGCCUAUGGAUGUUCUCAAGUGCAAUUCCAUUUUAUGAAGAGUUGGGAAAAGAGUAACUUCGUUAGAUGGACAAUGGAAAUAAUAUUAGUUUCCUGAUUAUAGAGAGUAGACGGCUAUGUAAAAAAUGUUUUUGUGUCCAAAUUGUUUUCUGACUGCCGAAAUAUAUCGUGGACUCCCUAGUUAAAUUUGUGACUUUGUUCUUAUUCUUAUAGGCUCGAUAUCGAUUUCGUCGAUUUCGAUGUCGAUGUUGUACCUUGUAUUUAUUACGAUACGGAAGUGCUGCACAGCAAUUUGGUUCGA